UCAAAUAUCUUUGACAGACUGAAUCCAGGACAGGCCGUGUGGCUUAGUGGCAUAGAUCAAACAGCAUACAAGCAUAUGUCAUCACCAAAAAUGAGUGAUUUGGCGAAUCGUGUGGCAGCCGUCAUUCCAGGAAAAUGGAUGGAAGUUGCUAUUCAGCUGGAGAUUAGAAUGGGAGCAAUUGAUGCAGUUUGUGGAGAGAAUCGCAAGUGUUUUCAACAAUUCAUGGCUAUUCUCGACAUAUGGGAGCGAUCUUCAAGUCCUCCAUUCACCUGGAACACCUUAGUCAGUGUCUUGAAAUCUCAAUCAGUCAAUGAGAAUGCACUAGCAAGAGAACUGGAGCGUGAGUUUUGCUGUGGGGAUGUGACCUCCCAUUACGUACCAACAUCCAGUUCGAAAUAACAGUGGUACCAUGGGGCCAUCACCAGAGCAGAGGCAGAGGCAGUUCUGGCCAGCAAACGAGACUUUAGUUUCCUGGUCAGGAACAGCGAGAGUUGUCGCACAGACUACUCUCUCUCUAUCA